AGUGAGAAUACUUGUAUUUUCUUUCAAGCCCGUAUACAGAGACACCAUGGCCGCCCUCGCUACCCGUGCUUCGGCUCUGCCGACCCUGGCCCAGCGCCCCCGCGUCUCGCGCCGCGCUGUGAUUGUGCGCGCUGAGGCUAGCAACCGGACCUUCCCCCGGGACUGGAUUAAGACGGAUCCUCUCGUCCCCGUCCUGGGCUUCGCUGGCUGGACCAUCCCUUCCAACAUCGGCGUCCCAGCCUUCGGCGGCCAGUCUCUGUUCGGUCUGUUCACGCAGUCCAUCGGCGAGAACCUGGCGCACUUCCCCACCGGCCCUGCCCUGGACGACAAGUUCUGGCUCUACAUGAUCACCUGGCACAUCGGCCUCUUCCUCACCCUCACCCUGGGCCAGAUCGGCGUGCAGGGCCGCCGCCAGGGCUACUGGUAAACCUCCAGCUGCCCAUUGUAGCUGCUGCAGCGACCGCCGCGGUGACACAUGUGCCCCUCGUGUGUCGUACAUGUACGACACAGUACAGAGCAGCAGAGGCAGCGACAGCUCAGACGCGUACGCUCUGUGCCUGCAACCGGCAAUGCUACUUUAGCAGCAGCAGGGGCAGCGGUGUGGGUGCCGGCGGGUAGGGUGUUGUCGGUUGGUUGAUUGACCGUUGGUACUGGACGUUGCUCGUCCUACGCUAUGGUUGAUAUGGGAGGUGGUAACGGAAGGGUCCUUUGGGGAAACUUUAACCGGCGCAUGGGUUGAUGGCCCUGCAUGUAUGUGUGUUGUCAUAUGUGUAAUGGGCAUUGCCCUGCGGCGGAAGUUAGCCCUCAAGUAGAGCGUUCUCAGAAGAGGGACUAAAAACACACUGGGUGUUUGAUACUAGCGGAGGGUUUUGAGGCAAGGAUGCAAGAGCAGAGGAGAAGCGUGUUCGGGUUCCUGGACACUAUACUCCCCGGCUUUUUGCUUUGCAAGCUAUGGAAGCUCGGGCUAAGUGGCAUUUUUCUCCCCUGGCUGCCACCUUGGCCCGUUCAUUCUAACGGAGAAGAAACAGCAUGUAUGCAUAAGAGUGGAUUUUGGACUGGUACCUUUGUAACUGGUGCUGGGUCU